ACAGCUAUCUACGACAGUUCCGGUGCGAAUGUCCGCUUGGAGAGAAACCAGAGGAAAGGAUUAGCGAAACACCCCAGGACGGACAUCGGCAAUAGUUUGACGGCCACUGGCCUUCGGAACCGGUUGUGAGCAGGGACAACCGAUCUCUUGGCUAACUCGUUAUUUUAUCCAGUUUUGAGCUCCAGGUAUGAACUGAGAAUGAAUGUGAACCAGCAGACUCCCAUGGCGUCUCCGUACGGCCCGCCCCAGCCUGGCUAUGGCCAGCCCAGCUACGCUCCCCUGGGAGGGAGCUACCCUGGCCCCUACGGACCCUACAACGGGCCCGCUACAGCCUACCAGCCUGGGGCUCCACCACAAGGUUACUCUCCCUAUGCCAGUUUUCCCUCUAAGGCUGUGGCAGCUAACCCUGUCUCUGACCUGUCCUCUCCUAUUGACUUAGGACCUGCCAGAGGCCCCCCUACCUCUGCCCCCCGUCCAGUCUCCACCCCCCAGGCGUAUUCCCAGGGAGACUCUCAGAACGGACCCCCACCUAUGGGUCACUCUAUGGCCCAGCCAGCUCAAAGGUCGCCAGUGUCUCAGCCGUAUAGCCAAGGUGCUAUGAACUUGUCCGGUCCACACCCCUCCUACUCCCAGCAGUACGGUGCUCCGCCCCCCAUGCAACAGGUUACCAAUCAGAUGUCAGGGAUGCAGAUCGGGUCCGGUCCCCCCACCUCUGUUGGGCCGGGAUAUGCUCACCAUCCCAGCUCCCAGCCUCCAAUCAGUGCUGCAUACUCCUCUGCAGCCCCACCCUCCUAUACGCAAGCUCCUCCCCCAUUGUCUGCUGCCCCCUCCCAGCCUUCCCCUCCCAGUGAACCUGCAGCCUCCCAGCCGUACUAUGGUGGCCCCCCUCCCCCCCAACAACAACCCUUCCCCUCUGCCCACCAUCCCUCCCAACCCUUCGUCUCCUCCUCUCCAUACUUGGGCCCUCCCAGCCAACCUCGGGCCACUCCAGUCUCCCAACAGCAGUCCUUCCCACCUGGCCCCCCUGCUCAGCAACCCUUCCCCAACUCCGCCCCUCCUCCAGUCUCCCAACAGCAGUCCUUCCCACCUGGGUCCCCUGCUCAGCAACCCUUCCCCAACUCCGCCCCUCCUCCAGUCUCCCAACAGCAGUCCUUCCCACCUGGCCCCCCUUCUCAGCAACCCUUCCCCAACUCCGCCCCUCCUCCAGUCUCCCAACAGCAGUCCUUCCCACCUGGCCCCCCUGCUCAGCAACCCUUCCCCAACUCCGCCACUCCUCCUGUCUCCCAGGCCUCCUACUCUGGCCCCCCUCCUCCCACCCAGCACUCUUUCCCUCCCUCCUCCCAAUCUGGCCCCUUCCCACCUAUCUCUAUAUCCCCUUCCCAGUACCCAGGUCCACAGCCCCCAUCCCAACCCGGACCCCCUCCCUUCCACUCUGGGCCCUCUCCUCGAGGCCCCAUUCCACCCCCCUCCAUGUCCCAGCAGCAGGCCAAUCACCUUCCCCCCGGCCCCAUGCAGCAACAGCAGCCUCCUCAGCCUGGCAUGCAGGGAGGAUACCCAACCCACCAGAAUGGUGCGUUUGGGCAGCCUAGAGGGCCCCAGCCCGGUUAUGCAGGCCCGCAAUAUCCCGGGCAACAGAACUACGGAGCAGGCCCUGCCCCUGCACCCGCUCCCCCUGCACAGAAGAGACUGGACCCUGAUUCCAUCCCCAGCCCGCAAGCGUCUGAGCUGCCGGCUGUGCAGAAAUCGAGACAUAGAAUAGACCCAGACGCUAUCCCCAGCCCAAUUCAGGUGAUUGAGGAUGACCGGGUCAACAAGAGCAGUGAGCCAUUCACCACUGGGGUCAAAGGUCAGGCUCCACCCCUGGUCACCACCAACUUCCAGGUGAAAGACCAGGGCAAUGCCAGCCCGCGGUUCAUCCGCUGUACAGCCUACAACAUGCCCUGCACCGCCGACAUGGCCAAACAGUCCCAAGUCCCCUUGGCCGCUGUAAUCAAACCCCUGGCCAUGCUGCCCCCCGACGAGACCCCUCCGUACAUUGUGGACCAUGGGGAAGGCGGUCCUAUCCGCUGUAACCGCUGUAAGGCCUACAUGUGUCCCUACAUGCAGUUCAUCGAGGCCGGACGCCGCUUCCAGUGUGGCUUCUGCAGCUGUGUCACAGAGGUGCCUCCCCACUACUUCCAGCAUCUGGACCACACAGGGAAGAGGGUGGACUGCUACGAUCGGCCAGAGCUCUCUCAGGGCAGCUACGAGUUUGUGGCCACCGUCGACUACUGUAAGAACAAUAAGCUCCCCCAGCCCCCGUCGUUCAUCUUCUUCAUCGAUGUGUCUUACAACGCAGUGAAGAGCGGCAUGGUUAACAUCGUCUGUCAGGAGCUCAAGACUCUACUGGACUACCUGCCCAGGGAGAACCCAGAGGAAGACUCGGCGGUGCGUGUGGGUUUUGUGACCUACAACAAGGUGUUACACUUCUACAACGUCAAGGCCAGCCUGGCCCAGCCCCAGAUGAUGGUGGUCAGUGACGUCAGUGACAUGUUCCUCCCUCUGCUCGACGGCUUCCUGGUCAGCGUCAACGACAGCCGGAUGGUCAUCGAGAGUUUGCUAGACCAGAUUCCGGAGAUGUUUGCAGACACCAGGGAGACUGAGACGGUGUUUGGACCAGUCAUCCAGGCAGGACUGGAGGCACUGAAGGCUGCAGACUGUGCUGGGAAGCUAUUUGUGUUCCACUCCACUCUGCCCAUCGCUGAGGCUCCUGGGAAACUGAAGAAUAGAGAGGACAAGAAACUAGUGGGAACAGACAAGGAGAAGUCUCUGUUCCAGCCCCAGUCUGGUUUCUAUAGUAACCUCUCUAAGGAGUGUGUAGCACAGGGCUGCUGUGUCGACCUCUUCCUGUUUCCCAACCAGUACGUGGACGUGGCAACGCUUGGCGUGGUGCCCGUCUCCACCGGGGGUUCCGUCUACAAAUACACCUACUUCCAGGCCGAGACGGACCGUGAGCGGUUCCUGAAUGAUCUGCGGCGAGACGUUCAGAAGCCGAUGGGCUUCGAUGCUGUCAUGAGGGUCCGAACCAGCACAGGCAUCAGAGCGACAGAUUUCUUCGGCUCGUUCUUUAUGAGCAAUACGACAGACGUGGAGCUGGCAGGGCUGGACUGUGACAAGACCGUGACCGUGGAAUUCCGCCACGACGACAAGCUCAGCGAGGACACCGGGGCGCUCAUGCAGUGCGCGGUGUUGUACACCAGCUGUAGUGGUCAGCGGCGUCUGCGGGUCCACAACAUGGCGGUCAACUGCUGCUCCCAGCUCGCCGACCUCUACCGGAACUGCGAGACGGACACAAUCAUCAACUUCUUCUCCAAGUAUGCGUACCGCAGCAUAUUGAACACCCCCACCAAGACGGUGAGAGACACCAUGGUGAACCAGUGUGCCCAGAUUCUGGCCUGCUACCGCAAGAACUGUGCCAGCCCCUCGUCUGCCGGACAGCUGAUCCUACCAGAGUGUAUGAAGCUGCUGCCGGUCUAUCUGAACUGUGUGUUGAAGAGCGACGUGCUGCAGCCGGGAGCUGACAUCUCGUUGGACGACAGAGCCUACCUGAGACAGCUGCUCAGCUGUAUGGACGUAUCAGAGAGCCACAUCUUCUUCUAUCCCCGCCUACUGCCCCUGGUGAAGCUGGAUGGAGGGUCGUUUCCAAUGGCCGUGCGUAACUCAGAGGAGCGCCUGUCGAAGGGCGGAGUCUACCUCCUGGAGACAGGGCUCCACCUCUUCCUGUGGGUGGGAGCCAAUGCUCAGCAGGAGCUGCUUAGCAACAUCUUUGGAACGCCCACCUUCAGCCAGAUAGACCCCAACAUGGCGAGUCUGCCGGAGCUGGACAACCCGUUCUCCCAGAGACUCCGAGAGAUCAUCGACUCCUUCAGAUCACAACGGUCACGAUACAUGAAGUUGAUGGUGGUGAAGCAGGAGGACAAGGCGGAGCUAAUCUUUAAGCACUUCCUGUGUGAGGACAAGGGCACCAGCGGAGGAGCUUCCUACGUCGACUUCCUGUGUCACAUGCACAAGGAGAUCCGCCAGCUACUCAGCUAGGACCCUGAUUUCUGACCCUUCAAACCUGACCCCCGCACCUCUCAACCCCCCCCCCCCCCCCCCCCCCUUGAUGCGCUUUAUCUUUUAUUUACCUAAUAAACUUAACCCCUCCCCAUCUGUCAGCGAGAGGCCGGAGACAUAUACAAAGCCUCGUGGCAGAUUCCGUGUGUGUGUCCUCAUACGACUCUACUAUUCCAAACGUCAAGCUCUAAAACAGCUGGAGCUGAUCCACUGGCCAAUGGAGGUUGUGUGUAUGUGUGUAUGUGUAUGUGUGUGUGUGUGUGGGAGAGAGUUGCUGUUGAUUGUAGUAGGUGUUCUGUCUAACACUAGCACUGAAAGGCUGUUGUGGGUGUACCGGCCGCUGGUAGAAACUCACUCUUUUUGUAUGAUUCAGACCCAGUAGAGCUGAAGAUGACAAACUAUACAUGACAUGAAAUAAAUGUUGUUGUUUUCCAUCUCUAGAAUUAUUUUUCUAUUUGUCUUAUUCGCUCUCCCUCAGACAUGGCCUCGUGUGUGUGUGUGUGUGUGCGCGCGCGCUCUCUGUGACUUACUACUGAGGCAAUAGGAGAGAGGGAGAAGUAUAUAGAGAUAAUCUGUGAUUGAGGUUAAACUCCCAAUAAAAGUCUAUGCAUCUAAUCAUCCAGAGGCGAGGGGUUUGAACGUUCAACCAGCGUGGGGGUCCCACUAUGACUCACACAGUAUAGACUGUUUGGUUGAGGUGUGUGUGUGUGUCAUGUUGUUUAUUAACGUGUGUAUCAGCUCAACAUGAUGCCUGUUUGUCUUCCUGUCUGUGAAGGGAAGGAGUGACUGGCUGUGCUUCUCAAAACUGAGGUCAGUCAGAGGAAGAGUGAUGAGAAUAAUGGUGGGUCGCAUGGUCAUGUUCAGUAGGCACCAAACAGGAGAAAACUAUUUGAAACAGGGAAGUACUUUUGUUUUGGUUUCCGUAGCAGAAUGUUUUUGCUACGUUGUACCUUGCUGAACACGACCCUGUGCUCUACAUACAGCUGUGUCUGAGUUGUCCCACGCUGCAGACUGUCUGCUAUAGAACCUCAGUUCAUAUUUACACAUAUAACCUACGUCUAUAACCUGUACAGAAUUAAAUCCUCCGUUUUAAACACUUGUGUCAAAUGCUGUGGUUUGUCAGUCCUACCCCGUCGCUGCCGCUCACACACAAGCAGUCCUGCUUUUUGUUCCGUUUAGGUGUGCAGCUUAGUCUGUGUGUGUGUGAGGGGUUCUGGAGGCAGAUCCUGGUGAAUUUCUCUAAACUAAAGGAAAAGAGGGAUCUGUCACUACAUACGGACUUUUGCAUUUCUUUUCGCUCUCAUGUCUUAACACAGUGUUGGUGUGCUGCCCUCUUUGACCCAUCUCUCUGUUGAAUGGACCUUCUGACUGACCGUGACCUUAAGUUUUCCUUCUCUGUGUUUUUGUCAUUGCCUCCUGGACUGUUAAUAAAGUUAUUGAAUCACCAUG